AAUAUAGAGUCUUUGCCAAAUUUUCUCUCUGACUCCAUUUUAUUUGUCAUGUUCUUUGUCUUUUGAAUACGACCCUUGACUUGCCUUUCCCAGCAGCUCAGUUUUGAAACCAACGUUGGUUCUAAGCCACGCAGAAAUCGCACAACUGUCUUCUCUUCUCUCCAUCCAAACACUCUAAACACACACACACACAACUCUCUCUCUCUCUCUCUCUCUCUGCCUCCUCCUCAUCAAAAACCAAACCUCUCUCUCCAAAACCUCAUAAGUUUUCUUAACAUGCUCGCUUUCCUAAUCAACUUGAUUUUACUCUUUGCUAGUAGCACCAAUGCGGCCACCGCGGCUUCUUCUGGGCGACUCAAGGAAGCGCUCGCCACCUCGACACCUCAAAGAUUCAAGGAAGCGCCCAAGUUCUAUAACUCCGCCACCUGCCCCGCCCUCAACACCCACGAGCACUCCUCCACCGUCUGCUCCGACGUAGCGGUGCACGUGGCAAUGACCCUCGACGCCGCCUACCUCCGCGGCUCAAUGGCCGCCAUUCUCUCUGUCCUCCAGCACUCUUCCUGCCCGGAGAACAUCAUCUUCCACUUCGUCUCCUCCUCCUCCUCGUCCAAUUCACAAGCUCUAACUCAAACCAUCGCCACCUCAUUCCCCUACCUGAAAUUCCGAGUUUACCCCUUCAACGACUCGGCCGUCUUGGGGCUCAUUUCCACCUCGAUCCGCUCCGCGCUAGACUGCCCGCUCAACUACGCCCGCAACUACCUGGCCAAUCUCCUCCCGACAUGUGUACGCCGAGUCGUCUACCUCGACUCGGACCUCAUCCUCGUCGACGACAUAUCCAAGCUAGCGUCGACCCCACUGGAGCCCACCCAAGUCCUCGCCGCACCGGAAUACUGCAACGCAAACUUCACCUCCUACUUUACUCCUUCGUUUUGGGCCAACCCGACCCUCUCCCUCACGUUCGAGAACCGCCGGGCCUGCUACUUCAACACCGGCGUCAUGGUCAUCGAUCUGGACAAGUGGCGGGCGGGCGGGUACACGGAUCGGAUUGUGGAGUGGAUGGAGCUCCAGAAGCGGAUGCGGAUCUACGAGCUCGGGUCGCUGCCGCCGUUCCUCCUUGUAUUUGCCGGAAACAUCGCCGCCGUAGACCACCAGUGGAACCAGCACGGCCUAGGCGGGGACAACUUUCGCGGGUUGUGCCGGGAUUUGCACCCGGGUCCGGUGAGCCUGCUCCAUUGGAGCGGCAAGGGGAAGCCGUGGGUGAGGCUCGACGCCAACCGGCCAUGCCCGUUGGAUGCUCUGUGGGCCCCGUAUGAUCUGUUACAGACACCCUUCGCUCUGGAGGCUUAGUUGGGAUCAUCAUCAAAUUCAAUUAAUUAACGCUAUAAUAAGAAAGAAAAAAGAAAAAAAAUUUCCUUUGUU